GCUGAAACGUGAUCAAUAAAAACAACGCCAGCUUUGACUGCAAAAAUGGCGCAAGCGGGUACUGCGAAUUCGGAAUCCAAAGAUGAAGAGAUUGCGUCAUUGGAACAGUCACUCCAUGAAUGGCGUUACAUCUUGCUUCAUGUAGAUCGAUGGCUUCGAUGGGAAGACCAGAAUCAGCCCGUCAUCAUGGCAGCUGCUGUCACUGCCUUUUUCCUGAUGCUCUGUACUGACAACCAUCUCAUUGCUCGUCAUGGUCGUCUGUUUAGCUAUCUUGGACCCACCGUUUUCCAUUCUUACAUCUGUCCACCUGCAGAAUGGACAGCUGAGCAUCAGCGACAGUACCAGCAGGUGUGCAUGAGCCUCAUCAGAACCAAGGAUGCAUUGAUGCAUAGUUACCAGUGCCUGAAAACGAUGAAAGAAGAAAAACCAAAACAGUACUUCAUUCUGGUCAUUGCUGUGCUGGCAGUCAUUGCUUUCAUUGGUAACCUCAUCCCUAAUAUCUGCUUGGUAUACUUCUUAGCCGUGUUCCUUGUACUUCUGCCUGGCCUGCACCAACGGGGAUUGCUAGCUCAGGCCUACGCCGCCUCCCUGCAGGUGGUCGUCAACCUACUCAAGCAGACCAAGAAGAAGGAUUAGGCUGACAGAGAACUUGGAUUGGUUAUCUCAUUUCCUGGUCCUUCACAUCAGUGCGACGGGGGAGGGAGAUAUUGGUAAAAUUGACUGUUGAACAGACAGAAUGUGACCUGUAGUUUGGAGACUGUUACCAUUCAUACAUAAAGAUAUACCCACCGUUA